GAUCAACAUAUUCGUUCCUUUCAUCUUUUUACUUUUCUUCAUCUGUUUACAUAUCGAAUCAGAAUUUUUGUUUGUUUGAAAGAUGAAUUCUCAGAUUUGUAGAUCUGCUUCACGAGCUACCAAGUCUCUGUUCACUUCAAGUUCUCGUGCUUUUUCCGGGGGACGAGCAGCGGCUGCAGCAGCCACAGUUUCUUUGAGAGGAGUUGUGCCUUCUUUAGCUACAUAUGGUAGGACUAAGUCCCGGAAUUCGUCUACAGGUUGGAUCUCAGGAAUCCUUGCCCUUCCUGCAGCAGCUUACAUGCUCCAGGAGCAAGAAGCGCAUGCUGCUGAGAUGGAGCGCACCUUCAUUGCUAUCAAGCCAGACGGAGUGCAAAGAGGCUUGAUUUCAGAAAUCCUCUCACGUUUUGAGCGCAAGGGUUUCAAGCUAGUCGCGAUCAAAAUUGUGGUUCCAUCUAAGGAUUUUGCUCAAAAGCAUUAUCAUGACCUUAAAGAGAGACCAUUUUUUAAUGGUCUAUGUGGUUUCCUUAGCUCUGGCCCUGUCGUAGCAAUGGUAUGGGAAGGCGAAGGAGUGAUUAAAUAUGGAAGGAAGCUUAUCGGAGCAACAGAUCCACAAAAGUCAGAACCCGGAACAAUUAGAGGUGACUUAGCUGUUGUAGUCGGAAGGAACAUUAUCCAUGGGAGUGAUGGACCCGAGACAGCCAAGGACGAGAUCAAACUAUGGUUCAAACCAGAAGAGUUGGUUAGAUACACAAGCAACGCGGAGAAGUGGAUAUACGGUGUGAACUGAACAAAAAUCGUUUUUCUUAAUUUGAACUGUGAUUAACUCCGAAUGAAUACUCAGAAAGUAUUGAUUAUCUGAAUAAAUAAAUCUGAUGACCAUUUCCCUUAGAGUAGCAAUGUAACCUUUAGCAAACUGUUAUUUAUAUGGUUCAAAUAAUCAAAUGUACUGAACUGUUGCUGAACCAGUGUCACCAAAUUGA